UACCACCCUUCAGAACUUAACUCACUUACUUCACCUCACCAUGACCAUAGAUACAGAAAUCAAGUACAUCCUCAGUCUCCAGGCUGUCCGUGAACGCGCUCACCGUGUGUUCCAACUUGCCGAGGCCAACCAAAUCAACCAUUUCGAGUAUCAUGAGGACCGCUUCGACGCCGCAGUUCAAUACGUAGCAAACAUCAUCAAGCGGGACUUUGGUCCGGACAAAUAUCAUCUGAUACCCCCUCACGGCCGGUGGCAGCACUUCGAAGUCGGUGGGACAGCCCGUAUAAAAGACCUUCUUGCACGAUGGGAAGCGGCUGGGUACGACAAGGAUGAACAAGCUCGGAGCCUAGUUGAUCUGUUCUUCGUCUCGGUUUUGCUUGAUGCUGGUGCAGGGGAUAAAUGGCGUUUUACCGAGCCGGGCAGUAAUACUGCCAUUGGCCGGAGCGAGGGCAUCGCGGUUGCGACAUUGCAUAUGUUCAACGAUGGCGAGUUUGCUCUUCCAGGGAGUGGGAGAAAAGAUGUUGUUCUAGGCGCCUCCCUCAAGGACUUCUCUGAGGCAACCUUAUCUCGGGGCUUCCAAAUCAACGACAAUAACCCGUUCGUCGGUGUUCCUGCAAGAGUCGAACUGAUCAAAUCUCUCGGUCGCUCAUUGCUCAACCUCCCUGAGAUUUUCGGCGACACCGGUCGACCUGGGAACCUUGUCGACUAUCUCAAAUCUCGCGCCGAUGAGUCCAACCGUCUCGAUUUCGAAGUAUUAUGGGAGACCCUGCAGAGCGUCCUCCUACCCAUCUGGCCAUCCUCUCGAACGCAGAUAGACGGCCACCCCGUUGGCGACGCCUGGCCUCUAAAGGUCUUGGCAGACGACUCCCAGAAGGCUGGUCGCCAGUCAAAGUGCUCACACAUCCAGCCCUUCCACAAACUCACGCAAUGGCUAGCAUAUUCGCUCAUGGUACCAUUUGAGCGCCUUCUCGGGGUGGAAUGGAAAAACGCGGAGAUUGCCACAGGACUUCCCGAAUACCGAAACGGAGGUUUGUUCGUUGAUUUAGGUGUGCUCACUUUAAAGAGCGAGAGUCUGCAGCGUGGAUUGGCGAAUUCAGGUAGCGCGUUGCCUGCGUUUGAGGCGACGAGCGAUGAGAUUGUUGAAUGGCGCGCUCUUACCGUGGCACUGCUGGAUAAGCUGCAUGUUGCGCUGGGGGGCACCGAGCUGGGGAAGGAGAAGUUGAGUCUUGCUCAGGUGUUGGAGUCGGGAUCGUGGAAGGCUGGGAGGGAGUUGGCGGCGGAGAACCGGCCGGAGACUAAGUCUAGUCCAAUCUUGAUUUUGGGCGAUGGGACGCUGUUCUAGGGCAGUGGUUAUUUAGGGGUCUUGGUAGGUUUGCAAGUCACUGGAUCGUUGCAAGUGAG